AUGAAUCUGAGACACCCGCGUGGGGCAAAUUCUGCUAUAUCUCGACAUUGCCAAUAUCCUUGCCAAAAUGCAGAAGCCGAUAUUCAUCUGCGCACCCUCACUAGAUUUAUUCCUUUGGUUCGUGCUGAUGAGCUGAUGAUGGAGCUCUUCUUUUCGAAGGGUGAGAGCUGUGCACAGCCACUCGAAACAUGUUUUGUCAUACACAGAGAUAUCGCCAAGGCUGAUUUGGCGGUUGCGGGCUUAAGCAUUAGCUACAUCCGCGAACAAGUGAUUGACUUUACUAAACCGUUCCUCAACCUCGGUAUUAGUAUAUUGUUCAAGGUUCCAAAACGAGAAAAGCCCGGUCUGUUUUCGUUUCUGAAUCCGUUAGCCAUUGAAAUCUGGCUUUACGUCAUAGCCGCAUAUCUUGUCGUCAGCUUCACAAUUUUCAUCUUGGCCAGAUUUAGCCCCUACGAAUGGUAUAACCCACACCCGUGCAACCAGGACACGGACACAGUGAUGAACUCAUUCACGCUCUCGAACAGUUUCUGGUUCACCGUGGGGACGCUUAUGCAGCAGGGCUCGGAUAUUAAUCCGAGAGCUGUGUCCACUCGCAUUGUAGGUGGAAUAUGGUGGUUCUUCACUCUGAUUAUCAUAUCGUCAUACACUGCCAACCUAGCGGCGUUUCUUACUGUGGAAAGAAUGGUAUCGCCUAUCGAAAGUGCAGAAGACUUAGCAAAGCAAACAGAAAUAUCAUACGGAACACUUGAUGGUGGUUCAACAAAAACAUUCUUUAAAGAAUCCAAGAUAGAGACAUAUCAAAGAAUGUGGGCAUUUAUGGAGAGUCGUGAGCCGAGUGUAUUUACGAAGAACUACGAAGAAGGUAUCCAGAGAGUGCUAGAAGGAAACUACGCCUACCUCAUGGAAUCAACCAUGAUUGAUUAUAUAACGCAGCGAAAUUGUGAGCUCAUGCAAGUGGGUGGAUUGCUCGACACAAAAGGUUAUGGCAUAGGAACGCCAAUGAAUUCUCCUUAUCGGGACAAAUUGUCACUGGCGAUUCUAGAGCUUCAAGAAGGUGGAAAAAUCCACGUUCUGUACAACAAAUGGUGGAAAGCAACUGGCACAUGCAACAGAGACGAAAAUAAGAAAGAAUCCAAGGCCAAUGCUCUGGGAGUGGAGAACGUCGGCGGAAUAUUUGUAGUUCUCCUGGCCGGCCUGGCAUUAGCGGUUAUCGUUGCCCUGAUCGAGUUCACGUGGAGUUCAAAGCGAAAUGCUUCCGAGGACAGGGUUAGUAAGGUGUGCACCAAAAAAAGACUUCAUGAAAACUCAUCCUGCCAGAAAUCAUCCCAUUUAGUUUCAUGGUUUCCAGAGGACGAAGAAGAUGAGAGACAUAGAGGAAAACACAAGCGAAAAAAAGGAAAAAAAGAAAAAAUUAUAGUUAUCAUAUGA